AUGCUCGAUAGCGCGGUUCGACAAUCUGUCGGCCAGGGCAGCACCCAAGGCCCGCCCGGCUCGGUAUCGGGAGCCCCGGGCCAGCCCGUGCCCCGGCCGGUAGAAAUCAUCCCGGCUCGACUGGGUUCACUGGCGGAACCCGCGGUGCUUUAG